UGGUCCUAGUCUGACGUGUCUUAGGUAUGAAACAAGCAGCGAUUUCUCCCCUUUUGCAUUUCCACAAGUAGAUGCAAACCUAUAAUUUAUAUAGGUUUCAAAAUUUGAGAGUGGGUUUCGGACAGUGUUAAGGCUUUACCUAAAAUGUAUGACACGCUUUCACAACAGAAAGAGGUGCAAAAAACGGAGACUCGGUCGCUCAGCGCUGUGAGUUAAGUUGCCCUUAACUUUCCCCUUCACUUCCGAAUGCAACCGAACUUCAGCCUCGUCGAAUCCACCGGAGUUUUUAUGGCUUGCGGUGCCGAACGGUGUCAGCAGCGAACUGUCACGGCCACCGUCUGUCGCCGGUACUAAAUGCUGCCAGUAUGGAAGGGGAGCCCCUCUCAGCCCUGUGUACGCCUGCUCUGGUGGUGGAUUUGGACAAAGUGAAGAGAAAUGCCCAGAGGAUGAUCGACCACUGUCAGAAGCUGGGAGUCCAGCUUCGGCCACACAUGAAGACACACAAAACACUUGAGUGUGCUGACAUCAUGACAGGUGGAUCACGGAGGUGCAUCGUGGUUUCCACACUUGCAGAGGCCUGUUUCUAUGCCGACCACGGAUUUGAUGACAUCCUCUAUGCAUACUCUGUUCCCUUUGAUAAGGUAGAACGUUGUGCAGCCCUGUCAGAGAGGCUGGAUCUCUUCCAGGUUUUAUUGGAUCAUCCUGCUGCUCUGGAGCAGCUCAAAAAGAGACCGCUGAGGGACGGUCGGCAGUGGCACGUCUGGCUGAAACUGGACUGUGGCAAUGGGAGAGCCGGUGUCCUGCACUCAGAUCCUGGGGCGCUCGGAUUGGCUCAGGCCAUCACUGAGACGGAGGGUGUGGAGCUAACAGGGGUGUACGCUCACUGUGGAAACACCUAUAACUGCAGAGGAGUGGAGCAAAUACAGACUGUCGCCCAGGAAACCACCAGCUUGACUCUGCAGUUCAUGGAAAAACUGAAGGCUGUCGGCAUCACCUGUAAGUCCAGCAUUGGUUCUACCCCUUCCUGUAGUCACCCAGUCAAAGACAUGGCACAGCUCAGCGAGGUGCAUCCUGGAAACUACGUCUUCUAUGAUGUGCAGCAGUCUGUGAUUGGCUCAUGCAGUUUGGAGGACGUGGCUGUGAGGGUUUUGACAAGGGUCAUUGGACACUGUCCCCACAGGAACCAGCUCCUGAUUGACUGUGGAUGGAGUGGAAUCAGUCUGGAUGGAGCUGGAAAACUUCCCACUGGAUAUGCUGUGAUUGAAGGGCAUCCAAACCUCAAGUUGUUGUCUAUGACCCAGGAGCAUGGCAGAGUGAGCUCCAUCUCAGGACCACUGGACUACAACAAAUACCCCCUCGGCUCUCUGCUCACACUGAUCCCCUACCAUUCUUGUGCAACAGCGGUGAUGCAUUCCGUGUACCAUGUGCACACUGAGGGCCGUCUGCUGGGGAGGUGGACACCCACCCGCGGGUGGUGAAAAGCUGUCCAACUGUUCACUCAUACAUAACUUUGUUAGGAUAGCUAAAUUAACUCUGAAAGAAGGACUUCUUGGAGCAACUAAUAACACAUGUAGUUGAAAUCAUAAGUAGUGGACGACUAUGGUUGAAGAAUAUUCACCUCUUGUAUCCUCUGUUCCUCUGGGGCAAAAGGUACAUAUCAGUAGUAGAGUAUAAUUCCAAUUUGAAAGUGUAGAUGUAUUCCAACACUACUGAUUAAAUAACACGAAAGGUUUUUUGAAAACCGAUUUCCCAAUUGUCUCUGAAGUGAUGUGGGAAAAGAAUUGUAU